AUGCAUGGGAGGUAUUCUAACUCGCGAAGGAGAUUGUUUUCUGAAUCUGCAGUUGAAAAGGAGUAUUUUAGGAGAAAUGUUGAGCAACAACCUGUACAAGAUAUCUCGAUAAACGUAUUUUAUCAACCACGUUCUAUCACUGUCCUCUUCCUUAUCGUAGUCGGUUUGACAUAUUUUGCCUUCACCCGACCGGCGAAUCUUCCACUUAGUGACUGUCUUUUUAAUGGAGCAAUUGUAUCUAUUACCGUUUUCCUCAUAAUCUCGACAAUGAUUAUGCCAAAUGGUCCAUUUGUUCGACCCCAUCCGCUGGUUUGGAGGGUUGUCUUUGGUGCUAGUCUUCUGUACCUUCAUAGUCUCGUAUUUGUCCUCUUCUUGCGUCUGGAAGAUGCCCGAAAAAUUCUCUUUUAUUUGGACCCUAGCUUGGAACGAAUGCGCUACUCUGACAUCCUGGACAAGGAAUACGCUGUUAACUGUAGCCAGGUAACUUUAGAGCGCAUCUGGAGUCACGUUGAUGUUUUUGCUUUCGGCCACUUUUUUGGUUGGGUAGUAAAAGCUAUUUUGUUGCGGCAUUACUUCAUGCUAUGGACACUCUCCAUUAACUGGGAGGUUACCGAAGUGGCUUUCUCGCACAUUCUGCCCAACUUCCGGGAAUGCUGGUGGGAUAGCAUCGUCCUCGACGUGUUGCUCUGCAACGGUCUCGGUAUAUUUUUUGGCAUGCUUCUCUGUCAGUGGUUCCAUGCACGCUCGUAUCAGUGGGAAUCCAUCCGUGAUAUUCCCUCUAAACGCGGCAAACUCAAACGAGCCGUCCUCCAGUUCACUCCCGUUAGCUGGACUCCAACACACUGGUUGGACAGAAAUUCUUCCUUUAAGCGAGUCAUUCAACUUUCUGUGCUCAUAUUCUUCUGGCAGAUGGCGGAGUUAAAUAUCUUCUGGCUGAAGCACGUUUUUAUUGUCAGGCCGUCACACUUUCUCACCCAAUUGCGAAUCAUCAUUACUACCCUCUCCUCUGCCCCCGCCAUCAGGCAAUUCUAUCAUUACGUCACUGAUGACCAGGUGACACGUGUCGGCUCCCAAAUGUGGAUUUUCACUGCCACAAUGAUCAUCGAAACACUGGUUGCCUACAAAUUGGGCAGCGAGGUGUUUGAAAAAGCUAUCCUCCGCUACAUCAUUUACUGGCUUGUUUGGUUGGUUGUCAGUAGUUUCCUGACUGUAUGGGUUUGUCUACUCUUUGCCAAACGUUCAAAGUCGGAAUCUGAAGAUGAAGAGGCUUUUGACUCUGGAAAUGUCAUCUUGGACUCAGGAGUGAUGCCAGAAAGAACCACGGAAGAUGAACAUGAAGUUCACCAAAGGAAUGUACGAUCACCUUUGGUUAGUCGCCCUGCCACAAGAUCUCAGGAUACCAAAAAAGCGAACUGA